AUCCAAAUUUCCAAUUUACAAUCUGGAAAUAUCCUUCACUAAAGAAAAUUAUUGAUGUUAAGGAUGUACAUUUGGAUUGUAUUUUACACUCAGCUUUGAGCCCUGGAGGAGAAAUUGUAGCAACUUUGGUGUGA